AUGACCAUCACCCACAUCGUCUCCUUCCGCUAUGCCAACUCCGUGUCGGAGGCAGAGCGCAACAAGUACUUCGACGAGCUGCUGGCGCUCAAGCACACCUGCCUGCGCGACGGCAAGCCCUACAUCCGCGCGCUCGUUGGCGGCUGCGCCAACACGAGCCCUGAGGGCGCAGGCAAGGGCUUCGACCACACCUUCGUCGUGACGUUUGCGAGCGCCGACGACGUCAAGCACUACCUCGAGACCGACGACGUGCACAUGGAGUUUGCGUCGCGCGUCAAGCCGCUGCUGGCCGAUGCCUUCAUCUACGACUUUGAGACCGUCGAGGCAUGAAAGAGACCGGUCCACCUGCUCGCCGUCUGGUGUGAGGGCCUCGUAGGUGUGAGGGCCCCCUGUCUGCUUAGUCAGCACGUCUGGACGCGCACGGCUGGAUCAACACCUCGAUGGCGCGCACCGCACGCACGCCGUGCAGGGUGCAUGCUCAUGCGCGCCGCGUGGCGCCGGAGCGGUGCAGCCGAAGGCGCAACGGAAGGCGCAAGACGCCGAGAUGGGAG